AUGGGUACCAGAGAUCGUGACGUCGAUGCCGCCAGCGAUGACCGCCCGCGCGAGCGCGAGAGCCGCCACAGCAGAGGUGACCGACCCAAGAGCGACAAGGGCGACAAGGACACGGAUAAGGAAAAGGAUAAGGCACGCCCCCACCACAAGCAUUCGUCGCGAUCCUCCAAACCACGAACUCCCAUGGAAGGCGAAUCAAGUACCUCAUCACACCGCAGACAUCGCACAAAGGAAGAGAAAGAACGGGACCGCGCGAAGAAGGCUUCCUCGAUGAGUGACCUGGUGCCCGAGCUCUCGAGAACGUCCCUCUCCGGCAGUCGAGGCAGCCUGCCGUACCCCAGCUUUAGCAAGGCACACAGCAAAGAAGCCGUGCACAUACACAGUCGAGAGGAUGUAGGAGCACCUACUCGCCGGACCGAUGAUCCCCUUACCCCGGAGGCCACCGAUCUCGGCUCCAGCACCAGAAGAAGGUCCAAAUCAAGAGAUGCUUCGGGAAGUAGGAAGAAGAGCGCCAAGACAGAUGAUCGGCCACCUAGCCCUCCCGAGACCGAUGUAUCAGGCGAGAAGAAGAGACGGAGCAAGACGUCCACAUCGAGGCUGAGGGAGGAACACGGCUCCGGCGUGGAAAGACCGAGAUCUAGAACAUCGGGCCUUUCCCGUUCAACCUCACAGACGGAUGAGAAGUCGAAACUGUCUACCAAAUCCAAGACCUCGAGCCAAGCUACCUUUGUCAAGUCGCCUACCUUCAAGCCGCCACCCGGCGUGCAAAUCGUUGACGAUGGGGGAUCCUCCAUCCUCAGUGACGACCAGACCGCGGGCGCUCGCUCCGCAGCCACGUCGGUUACGCCCAGGAGAACAGCAUCGGCCAAGGCCCCGAGGUUGUCAACCCCGGUCGAGGAGGACGACUCUCCAGCGUCCGUACAGGACCCUUCACCGAAAACACCCACUGCCACACCGCAAUUUCCACCUCCACAAAUCUUCUCCAACGAGAAGCCGAAGCAGGGUCCGCACAUCAGGUAUGACGACAGAGACCGUCCUACACCCUCGGCAACGCCAGCGACGGAUUUCGGUCCCCCUCCACCGCCACCGCCUCCGCCUCCCUUGAGCAUACAGGAGGUACCUCGGGUCGACUAUCUGCUUCAACAUGGUGGACUGAUACAUCCGGUGUCCAAGCACUUUCUAUCUGCUAUACCACGCCAGAACGGAACCCGGCCAUCGAACCCACCCCUAGCAGGGUGCGAGACCUUGUUCGCGCCCCUGUUCAACAUUUUGGAUCAGUACCAGUCCGUAAUCCAUAAGCAAGGCUCAGUGGCAGUGGCCACCGGACACAAGUCAGUUGCUCGCCGGUUACUGGACCGACUAGAGGAUGUCUUCUCCAGAGAUCUGCCUGUCGAAGGAUGUUCUUGUAUCAUGUGCGAGACAACUCCUGACGAGCACCGAGGUUUAGGAUGGGGAGAAGUUUUGGAGAGAGUGGGCGGUCGGGUGGAGCUGCCGUCAUGGCCGCCAUUUGAUCUUGCGUCUCUCGGAGCGACGGCCAUCGAGAACACGGCAGACAUGCCACCGAGACCGAGUUCGCCGAUUAAGCUCGAUCCUGACAUUGCUGAAGAGUUCCGGGAUCAUUAUUUACGGCAGUCGAAGAAGGUCAGGUCGGCUGUGGACAAGUGGAUGAACAACUGCGCCGACUCACCCGCCCCGCCGCCGUCAGAUGUCGAUGACGAGACGUUGACAUUUGCUAUUCUUACGAACCUUGAUCAGGAAGAGCGGCCUUACUUCAAUGCCCUGCUGUCUGGUGCUCGGGAACUGCAACCUGCUUUGCGGGCACCGACGCCACUGCGAAAAGGUCGAACCGACUUUAUCAUAAAGACAGGCCUACAGCUACAGCGUCUAUAUCGGUUGCCUCAGACUCCACGAGACGCCGAAACUGCCGUGUACCUGGUCAAGCACCCAUUCCAUCACGACCUGCUGACUACGAUGAUGGACAUCAGUCCGCAAGAAUGGGAGAUACUCAUUUCAGGUCGCUUUGAUGGGUUUUUGUGGUCUGGAGCCGAUGGUGAUGAUGCAAUUACGCCUACUGCCGACUACCCACUGUCUCGAGGCGGCACGCCGGGCAACGCGUUCUUUUCUCCACCGCCAUCGCGAGGGCCAAUGACCCCGGGCAUGCCACGAACUCCAGGGUUUGGUGCUUCUCGCAAUACCACGCCGUUCUCCGGUGUGUACUCUCGUGGCACGACACCCGCUUCCUUCAUUUCCCUGUCCUCGUCGUCGGCGUCGCCGGGCCAUAACCGGCAACCGGUGUCGCACGAUGAAGAGAUCGAGAUGGCUGUUCUGGCGGAGGUAGAACGAGAGAUAUACCAGGGGAUGGAGGCGCUGGAGGAUGCAUUCGAGAAGCUACACGAACGUGCCGAGAUGGUGCGGAAUGCCCUUAGGCAGCGUAACAACGGGCUGUUGAUGAGCCAGCAGCAUCGCCGUUCUGGGAGAAUUGAUGUGCUGCCUCAACUAUCCGGCAGCUCGGCAGGCUACGAAAGACCACCUUGGGCUACUGGAGACGAUGACGGAGUCACGAGCGAGAGUGACUGGGGUGGGGAUGAUUUCGACAUAGCGCCGGAGGAUUCGGCCAGUAACAUUUCGAGCUCGAGACAUCGACGUCCUAAGCGACGGAACCAGAGGAGGACACCGGCACCCAUCGAGGAGGACGACGAGGAAAACUGA